AUGGCUGAACUAGCGGCCAGCCUGGUUGUUGGGCCGCUGGUGUCCCUGCUGAAGGACAAGGUGUCCAGCUACCUCCUGGACCAGUACAACGUGAUGGAGGGCAUGGAGAAGCAGCACAAGAUCCUCAAGCGCAAGUUGCCUGCCAUCCUCGACGUCAUGGCUGAUGCCGAGAAGCAGGCGUCUCGCCGAGGAGGAGUAAAGGCAUGGCUUGAGGAGCUCAAGACGGUGGCGUACGAGGCGAACGACGUCUUUGACGAGUUCGAGUACGAGGCGCUCCGCCGCCGAGCCAAGAAGAAUGGGCACAUCACCAAGCUCGGCAUGGCUGGAGUAAAACUCUUCCCUACUCACAACCGUGUCGCAUUCCGUAGCAGGAUGGGAAACAAGCUUGACAGCAUUGUUGAGGCCAUCAAGGUCCUUGUGGAGGAAAUGAAAGAUUUUGGAUUCGACAAGCUUCAGCCUGAGGCACCAGCAUGGAAGGAGUGGCGUCAGACACAUUCCAUUAUCGUCGACCCCGAAAAAAUUGUUAGCAGAUCUAGAGACAAGGAGAGGGAGAAAAUUAUUGAGGUGUUGCUCAGCCAUCAAGCUAGCAGUGGUGAUCUCUUAGUUCUUCCCAUCGUUGGAAUGGGAGGAUUGGGCAAGACCACCCUCGCUCAACUCAUCUACAACGACCCUCAGGUCAAGGAGCAUUUCCAGGUACUAAAGUGGGUGUGUGCCUCAGAUGAUUUCAAUGUCUGCAAUCUUGCCAACAAGAUAUGUAAUAAGUCAGAGUCAAUCCUGGAGGAGGCACUCAACAAGCUUAAGGAACAUCUUAGAGGAAAGAGGUAUCUUCUUGUAUUGGAUGAUGUAUGGAAUAAGGAUGUUGACAAAUGGGGAAAGUUGAAGGCAUGUCUUAAUCAAGGUGGUGUCGGUAGUGCCAUAUUGACGACGACUCGUGAUAAAGAAAUAGCUGAAUUCAUGGGUACAGUAGCUAACAACUCAUCAUGGAAAAAUAAAUACCAUGAUGUGGCAAUUUUGGACAUAGAAUUCAUACAUGAAAUUAUUGAAACAAGAGCUUUCGGUUUACAGAAGACUAAGCCAGAGGAGCUAGUUAAGUUGGUUGGCCCGAUUGCAGAGAGAUGUGUUGGAUCUCCAUUGGCAGCCAAAGCAUUGGGGUCUGUAUUGUGUAACAAGACCACUAAGGAAGAAUGGGAGGACAUAUUAAAUCGAAGCAGGAUAUGCGAUGACGAGACCGGGAUUUUACCUAUACUCAAGCUCAGCUAUAAUGACUUGCCAACUGACAUGAAGCAAUGCUUUGCCUUUUGUGCUAUGUAUCCAAAGGAUUAUCAAAUUGAUGUUGAAGAGCUUAUCCAACUAUGGAUGGCCAAUGGUUAUAUCUCAGAUCAAAACAAGGUACCUGCUGAAACCAUGGGUAAACGGAUUGUCAAUGAGAUGGUUUCAAGGUCAUUCUUCCAGUAUGAGGAGCAAAGAAGGAUUGGGUAUAGUUCUACAACUUUUGUGAAGAUCCAUGACCUCAUGCAUGAUGUUGCACUUUCUGCUUCAGAGAAGGAGUGUGUUUGUAUAAUUGACGAAUUCAUUCAAAGCGGUGAGAUGGUUCCUAGUGCUGCUCGGCAUAUACAAUUUCAAAGAAGCACAAACAAAAAGGAAUUAAACUUUUUACUUGGUUCUACGAAGGAGAAGUUUCCACCUAUACAAACAAUGAUGUUUCAAAAUAUAUUUUAUCACCCUGAAGAUCUGCUGCAUUCAUCAAAAUUUAGUUCUCUCCGAGCACUUUCUAUGCCAGUAUCAGGGGUUCAUUUGUCAAUAAAACCAAAGCACUUGUGCCACCUUAGGUACCUUGAUCUCUCAUAUAAUUAUGGCAUCGAAGCACUUCCAGAUGAUCUAAGCAUCCUAUAUAGUCUCCAGACACUAAAACUUUCUAAGUGCAGCAGUCUCAAAAGACUUCCUGAGCAAAUGAAGCACAUGAGUAGCCUUCGUCAUCUCUACACAGAUGGGUGCACGAUGCUGGAGUGCAUGCCUCCAGAGCUUGGACGAAUCACCUUGCUUCGAACAAUUACAUGGUUUGUAGUGGGAAGUGGCUUGAAUUGUAGCAGUCUUGGAGAGCUAAAGGAUUUAAAUAUUGGUGGUUCAUUAAUGCUAAAGCAGCUCGAAAAUGUGACAGUGAGAAGAAAUGCAAAAGCAGCCAACCUUGAGAAUAAGAAGGAUCUGAGACAACUGUCACUAGAGUGGACAAGUGGUAAGGAGGAUGAACAACAAUGUCAUGAGGUGCUACAGAGUCUCGAAGCUCAUGAUGGGCUGCUGGCUCUAGAAAUAAAUUCCUACCAAGGCACCAGUUUCCCAUCAUGGAUGGGUAUGUUGAAAAACAUGGUUGAGCUUCGGUUAUCUAAUUGUAGUAAAGCGGAUCAGCUUCCUGAAUUGGAACAGCUAGCAGAACUACAAGUCCUUCAUUUGAAAGGAUUGGGAAAAUUGCAAUUCCUGUGUAGCAGCUGUACAUCCUCCACAUUUGGAAAGCUUAAGGAUCUUAAGCUAGUUAAUCUUGAGGUUUUUGAUAGAUUUUGGGAGGCAACACAUGGAGGCACCGUAGCAUUUCCUCAGCUUGAGAUAUUGCACAUUGAAGGCUGUAAAAAUUUGGCAGCAUUACCAGAAGCUUCGGUGCUCAGAGAACAGUAUGGUGGUGGAGCUUAUACAGUGGCCCGCUAUGCUUUUCCAGAACUGAAGAAGCUCAGUUUGGAAGAUUUAUAUAGCUUUGAGAGAUGGGAGGCUGCCCUUGAAAUUGAAGAAGAACAUGCACUGUUCCCGUUGCUUGAGAUUCUUGUUAUCGAGAAAUGCCCAAAGUUAACAACUCUGCCUAGGGCACCAAAGGUCAAAAAACUAGUUUUGAGGGAAGUAAAUCAACAGAUUUCUCUAGGAGGAAUCAGAAAUAUGACGUCACUGUCCAGUUUGUCUUUGAAGGGCGUCAAGCUGGAUGAUAAGGAGGAAUGGGACCAUCCGUCGUCUGUGGUAGAUAUGGAACUAUACAGCUGCAGUUUGUUCUUCCAACCACGUGCACUAGCACUGUGGGUUUGCUACGGGCAGCUGCAGUAUCUGACAAUAGGUAACUGCGAUGAGCUUGUGUACUGGCCGGAGAAAGUAUUCCAAAGCUUGAUUUCCUUGCGGAGGCUACGGAUUUGGAGCUGUGAUAAUUUAAUUGGAUACGCAGCGGAAAAUGCUCCUGAGCAGGCAACAUCAGGAAGGAGCCAACUUUUGCCCCAUCUAGAGUCUCUGAAAAUAUCUUGGUGUGGAAGUCUGGUAGAGGUCUUCAACUCCCCUGCUCUCAAGACGAUGCGUGUUGAAGGAUGUUGUAAGCUUGAGUCCCUAUACGGCAGGCAACAGUUGAAUCAAGAGGCUAGUAGUACCCAUGACGUGGCAGCAUCCACACCUGUUGAGGAGAAGCUGUCACCAUCGGCGGACCCGGAUAAGCUCCUUCCAUCAUCUUUAGAAUCUCUAACAAUAUGGCACUGUCACGGGUUGUUAGAGGUUGCCAAUCUUCCCUCGUCCCUCAGGGAAAUAGAUAUUCAAAAUUGCUCCAAACUACGGUUCAUAUCAGGCCAGCUGGAUGCACUCAAAAAGCUGCAAAUUUGCAAGUGCCCAGAGUUGCGAUCACUAGAAUCAUUAUGCAUCACAGAUCUCUCAGCACUGGAAGUCCUCGAUCUGGACAAUUGCAAAAGCCUAGCAUCCUUGCCCAGUGGGCCAGAACCACAAGAAUACUCAUGUCUUCGUCGGCUUACAAUUUGGGGGUGCCCAGAGUUCGUUAGGUUGUGGAGGACCCACGACUGCAUGCAGGAGCUCGGCAUAUACAUGCUCUUCUUCGACAGAGCCGGGUACGGUGACAGCGACGCCAACCCGAAGCGCAGUCUCAAGAGCGACGCCAUGGACGUCGAGGAGCUCGCCGACGCGCUGCAGCUCGGGGACAAGUUCUACGUGGUAGGGUGCUCCAUGGGCGGCUACCCAGCGUGCAGGAUAGCAGCUAUUGCAGCUUGCACACCACCAUCUCCGUUCAUGUGA